AUGGAUAUUGAAUUUGAGAAUAUCAAGCAAUUCCCUAUAUCAAUCUCCAGUGUUUCUUCUAUAAGUGAGCUUUCUGCAACAUCAGAUGAAAUGAAAUCUGGUGAGCCGGUCAUCCUAGAUUCCAAAAUAUUGGGAAUCAAGAAGACAAUUGUAAGUGGAGCUGCUAAUCCUAUGAAGGCUGCUGUUCCUGGAAAUAUCUCCUUGCCAUCAGUGAUAUACUAUGAGAUGGGAGAUCUAUCAAUUGGCAUAAGACACUGCACUCUAUGCAUGCAUUAUAAUUUGCUGGUUCUAAUGCUUCGUGCUGCUGCUUACAGGAUAAGUGUUGAGGUCCCUACGUCGAAUUUUAGUGAUACUUUAGCCUUGGCAUCUGGGCUCGGGCUUUAA